AUGACCAGUCGAAAACUUCCACUUCCUAUAACAAAACCUUAUACUGGAUUGACACGUCCUAUAACAAAACCUUAUACUAGACUAACAAAUCCUAUAACUAAACCUUAUACUAGACUAACAAAUCCUAUAACAAAACCUUAUACUGGAUUGACACGUCCUAUAACAAAACCUUAUACUAGACUAACAAAUCCUAUAACUAAACCUUAUACUAGACUAACAAAUCCUAUAACUAAACCUUAUAUUAGACUAACAAAUCCUAUAACUAAACCUUAUACUAGAUUGACACAUCCUAUAACUAAACCUUAUACUAGACUAACAAAUCCUAUAACUAAAUCUUAUACUAGACUAACAAAUCCUAUAACUAAACCUUAUACUAGACUAACAAAUCCUAUAACAAAACAUUAUACUGGAUUGACACGUCCUAUAACAAAACCUUAUACUAGACUAACAAAUCCUAUAACAAAACCUUAUACUAGACUAACAAAUCCUAUAACAAAACCUUAUACUAGACUAACAAAUCCUAUAACUAAACCUUAUACUAGACUGACAAAUCCUAUAACUAAACCUUAUACUAGACUAACAAAUCCUAUAACAAAACCUUAUACUACACUGACAAAUCCUAUAACAAAACCUUAUACUGCACUGACAAAUCCUAUAACAAAACCUUAUACUAGACUGACAAAUCCUAUAACUAAACCUUAUACUAGACUGACAAAUCCCAUAACUAAACCUUAUACUAGACUAACAAAUCCUAUAACUAAACCUUAUACUAGACUAACAAAUCCUAUAACUAAACCUUAUACUAGACUAACAAAUCCUAUAACUAAACCUUAUACUAGACUAACAAAUCCUAUAACUAAACCUUAUACUAGACUGACAAAUCCUAGAUUUACCACCAUGAUUUAA